AUGCUUACCGAUGAGACAAAUACAAAUACAUCUACAUUAAUAGAAUCAGCUUGCCUUCCAAUCGGUUGUUCAGUUAGUGCAAAAUAUCGAGGAGCAUUUUGUUCAGCACAAGUUAAAACAAUUGAAAGACAAGUUAAAUUAAAAGUUAUAUUAAUUGAUACAAAUGAAACAUUAAUAAUAUCUGAAGAACAAAUCGUACAACCAAUUCCAUUACGUAUUGGCAAUAAAAUAAAUAUACGUAUACCAUCAUCAAAUCAUUAUGAUUUAACUUCACAUCUUUCACGUAGUAUAUUAACAACAAUAAUUAAUAAUAAUGAUAAUUCUAAUGAAAAACAAGCAAUAAUUAAACAAAUAUAUGAUAAUAGUAUAUAUACAGUUGUAUUUAAUGAUGGUGAUGAAAAAUCUUUAAGACGUUCAUCACUUUGUUUACAAGGUAUACGUUUAUAUCAAACACGUAUUGAUCAACAAAAACUUCUUGAAGAUAUUUCAACAUCAUCAUCAUCAUUAUCACCAAUAACAAUGAAUAAUAAUGAUAUAACAUCAAUUGUUGCUGUACGACGUCAUAAUAAUCAAAAUAUAUUUCCAGCAUUAAUACUUAAACGUAAAACAUUAUCUGAUUAUAUAUGGGUUAAAAGUUUUCUUAAUGGUCGAGAAUAUAUUGUUCAUAAAAUAAAUGAUGUUGAACCAUAUAAAAAUAAUUCACAAAUACAAUCAUUAUGUCGUUUAACAUCAAAACAAGCAACAAAAGCAUGUGAUAAAUAUGUUAAAUAUAAUCAAAUACCAACAAUAUGGAAAAAGAAAAAAUCUAAUAUUAUACAUGAUAAUCAAAAUACUACAAGUGAUAGUAAUUCAAGUUCAAGUGAAUCAGAUUUUGAUGAUAGUGAUGAUGAUACAAUUGAAAAAAAAGAUUCAUUUAUAGCACAAUUAUUUGCUUUUAUGGAUGAUAGAGGUACACCAAUAAACAAUAUACCUAAAAUUCAUAAUUAUGAUCUUGAUCUUCAUCGGUUAUUUAAAAUAGUUAGUAUGUUAGGUGGUUAUAAUAAGGUUACAAAAAACGAUCAAUGGAAUAAAGUUUAUAUAAAAAUGGGUUUACCAAAUGAUUCAGCACCAAAAAAUGGUCGAUUAAUUGAAAAUACUUAUAAAAAAUAUUUAUUUGCAUAUGAAGAUUUAUCAAAAAAAUUAGGUACAAUGAAUAUUACAAGUGCAUAUUUUGGUGGUCGUACAAGUAUGAAUAAUGAUUCAAGACGAAGUUUAAUACGUGUACGACAACAAUCAGAAGAAAAAAAAAAAUCAAAACAAAUAUCGACACCAAUUAAACAACAAUCUCGUAAAACACAAUCGAUCGAUUCCAAACAAAUUCUAUCAUCAUCAUCAUCAUCAACAACAACAACAAUAAAUUCUCGUCGAAAAACUAUUAUUCUUAAUAAAACAAAAUCAUCAACUAUUCUUUCAUCAAGUACAUCAGAAUCUGAAACAUCCGAUGAUGAAAGAACUAUUUCAUCAUUAUUAAAUACUAAAAAAUUUACAAAACAAAAAUUAAUUAAUUCAAAACAAAUUCGUUCAACUAUUCAAAAAACAUCUCUUAUAUCUAAUGAAAAGAAAAAAAUUAUACAAACAAAACAUGUAUCAUCAUCAUCAUCAUCAUCUGAUUCACCAAAAAAACAUGAGCAAUUAAUUUCAAUAUCAAAUAAAAAACCGAAAUCAAUAAUCGAUUCAGAAAAUGAUAUGAAACCAGUUAUAAAAAUUCCUAAAAUUUCUGUUGAAAUUUUAAAGGAAUCUACAUUUCCAAUGCAUAAAUUUUCUAAAAAGUCAACAUUUACUAAAGUAUCCAAAGUUCAUGAUAACAUAUUGAAAAAAGAUUCACAUAAAGCUAAUUCCGAUAAACAACAAUCAAAAGCUCAUGCACCGCCUCUAAUUAAUCAAUCAUUUUCAGAAUCAACUAAACAGACUAGAUUACAAGAUUUAACAGUAUUACCAGUAACACCCGUAUCACCAUCACCACCACCACGACCGCCACCACCACCACCACCAUCUUCAAUUAAAGACGAAUCACCAACAUUACCUUCACUUUUUACUACAAUAGAAAGUAUCAAUAAUUCAAAUGAUGAUACAUCAGUUCCUUCGAUAUUUCAAACAUUAAUUCCAUCAUCAUCAUCUAUAACUAAUCAACAAACAAACGAGAUUGAAAAUUUUCAAACAAAUUCAAAUAAACGAUCAUAUUUCGAUGAAAUUUCUGAGUUCAAUGAUAAAGUAGAUGAACAAUUAUCUCCAUCUAAACGUUCCAGACAUUCAAUGUCAUCUCAAAAUAGUGAUGAAAUAAUCAAUAAUAAUAAUAAUCAAUCAACAAGCAAUUGUAUAUCUAGAAAUAAUUCUGAUACUCAAUUAACAUAUGAAGAUAUACUUGUAAAUGAUAUAUUACUUGUAAAAUCCGAUUUUAUUGGAAAUCGACAAUAUUAUGUACGAUGUAUUGAAAAAAAUAUUAAUAAAAAAGAAUUAUAUGUUGAUUAUAAUGGAUUAGAUGCCAAAUUUCGUGAAUGGAUAGAAUUUGAUAGAAUUAUUAAACGUGAAAAUGAAACAGAAUUUAAUGAAAAACCAAUAAUUAUUGAUAUAAAUUCAACAUUAUUAAAUGUUAAAGAUAAUGAACAAGAAAAAAAUCAAAAUAUAGAAGAAAAUAAAAUAAAUUCAAUUGAUCAAGAUAAUGGAAUAUGGAAAAGUUUAGAGAUUGUAUCUUCAAAGGAAAAUGAUAUUAUUUCGUCUUCAUCAAAUUUUCAAAUCAAUGAAUCAAAUAAUCAAGAGCUUCAACCUAUAUGUAUAUUAUCAAGUAGUUCAAGUGAUAAACCCAUAGAAUUACAACAACAAUCAAUUUCAAUUGAUGAUAAUAAAAAUAUAAUAUCAAUAAAUAUUGAUAAUGCAUUUGGAUCUAAUGAUGAUAAUGAUAAUCAAUCCAUUUAUGAAAAUGAUCAUAUUCAAGAAAUAAUUCCUCAAAAACAAAUACCAAUUGAUUCAACACUAACUAUCAAUGUCGAAAAUAUUCUUCCAACAUCGGACACCGUGGUAAAUUCAUUGCAAGUUAAAGAAGAACCUAUCAAUACAUCUUCAUCUAUUGAACAGUCAACAUCUGCUCUAAUCGAAUCAAAAGCUUCUUCUCUGCCAUGUAGUCCUAUGGUUAACAUAACUUCUGAUAAUCGUCGUAUAUCUACACGUCAACAAAAACGACGAACAUUCCGUGAUCCAAAUAAUACACAAGAUUCAUCUAUAUAUACAAAGAAAAAAGCUAGAUUCGAUACAGAUAUUAAUAGUAAUUAUAAUAUUGAUUGUAUAAACAAUAAUGAUCAUAGUCCAAUACCAAUGGAACAACAAUCAUUAGAAAUUAAACGAUAUCGAACAGUAGGAAAACGAGGUGGAAAAAAAACAGUGAAUCAACAAGACAACGAAAAUGAAGAUUUUCAUUUGAAUUCACCAAUGAAUGCAACUUUACGACAACAAUUAGAAGAUAUGUUUAAACAUCGAUCAAGUCGUUAUAAUUUUCUUGAUCUUAAUAGUAAUCUAACGGGUGAUAAUCGUUUAGCUCAUCUUAAAGAUCAUAUGCGUCAAUGCCAAAAAGUAUUUUUUAAUUUACGAAGUGCUUUAAAAAAAAUUGAAAAACAAAGAAAAAUAUUUGUUCGACGGCAAAAAUUACCAAAUCCAGAAAUACGAUCUUAUGAAGUUACACCACCGACGACAAAUGAAGUAUUGUUACCAUCGACAUGUACAUGA